AUGGAAGGUAUCUAUAAAGUCAAUUUGAUACCAAACGAUCUGAGCAUGGAAGAGACAAUACUUCAGAUCGCCGACACCCUAGACAACCUCAACGGGAUAGUCGACGAUGUGUUCACACGCGUGACGCUCAGAAUCAAACAGAACAUGGAAAAAACUGACAAUAUCAAAAGAAGGAUUGAAAUAUCAAAAGCAAAAGUAGAAAAGCUCAGUGGCAUGCAGAAAGCUAUUAAAGUAUUUUCAAGCGCCAAAUACCCAACAUCUCUUGUUCAUAAUCAUUACAAAUCUGUCUUUGAUCUAAAUUGCUAUCAACAUGAGCCCCAAAAGAUUACUCUAAUUGGAGAAUCUCAAAGGCAACCAAAUGAAAAUAAGAUUCAGGAAAAAUUGCAUUUCUAUCAUGUUAAAGUCGCCGAUCCUAAGGAACCGAAACCUAAAUUGGACAAUUAUUUAGAAUCUGUUAUAACUCAAGUCUCAGCAGUUGGCGACCUCUUGAUAUUCAACACUGACGAGUGCCCGUACAUUCGAAGCAGCACUAAAACUCCAGUCUAUGUGCCGCGGGUUAUAACUAACGUCGCAAAUAAAGUGUCAUUGGAAGAGGCACCACCUUCCAUUGCAAAGAGAAACGUAUUGAAGCGGGAGGCCGACGAAUACAUGUACGCGCCAGGCAUGGGAUUGGUGCCGGAGUUGGAUAUGCCCCUCGACCUUCCCCACCUGCCGGGCAUAGCCGGAGAUGUCCAAUUCUCCGUAACCACCGACGGUUCCAUCGCACCGUCAGCCGUUACAUCGCCUGUCGCCCCGGUUGCCGUACCGGAACUACCGGACUUGGAUUUGAAAGAACUACCGGACAUUGAGGAUCCGGUCGCACCGUCCGUUUCUGAUAUACCGGACGCGCCACCUCCGAUUCCACCCGCGCCACCUUCUUCAUUGCCUAACGUUAUGGUCGCCCCACCACCACCUCCGCCCCCACCACCGCCUCCACCACCGCCGCCGAUGGACGACCCUAAACCAGAAAAUAUAAGUAGGGACGACAAAGUGAAGCAGCCGCUCCCACCAGCCGCCGGAGAUGCUCACGCAAACCUGAUGGCAGCCAUCAGACAGGCCGGAGGAGCAGGCCGAGCCAAGCUACGUUCGGCAGCCGAGUCUACGCCAGCUAAGGGCACGAAAGCACCAGUCGGCGGUGAUCUAAUGGCGGAUCUUCACGCAAAGCUAUCUAUGCGCCGCCGAGGAAUAUCAGGUGCAGAGCGUACCGGCGGUGGUUCAAUACUUCAAACCCUGGCCAAUAUCAUCCCCGAGCCGGGCGACCAGUCUUCGCCGCAACGAUCCUCGAGCGAUGAGGAAUGGGAGUGA